UGCAUGCGCCUAACAUUAGGACAGUCCGAAAGCUGGGAUGAAAUAUAGUUUAUGGGAUACACACGCACCAUUGUGUUCUUUGAGCAUGGAAAUUCUGUGGUUCCGAAAGCGCCGGUAAUGCAUUGAAAACUAACGACAGCUCCCUGGAAGCUUUGAACAGCCAACGACAGACAGAGUUUCGCUUUGGAUAGUUAUCUAUGAACAGAUUCUUUGAUUCACCAUUUGUGAUGAAUGGCACAUCUAUGAGAAACCCAUACAGAUAUUGUCAACCAGACUUCAACAAUGAACCAAUGGGAUGAUGCCUGUCUCUUGGACCACUCUGGAAGAUACUGUGGGAGUAGAUUCAUCUUUGAGGAUGAAAGCCUGUUUUAACUAUUUAUUGAUGUUUUAGCCGAAACGACCCAAAUAUCCAAUGUGUUCAGAUACUUGUUUGCGCCAAUGGAAUAUGUUAUUAAUGGGAAAGGUGCCAAGGCAGUUUGGACUUUUUUUUAGGGAGUAACACUUCCUGUAAGUAGACAUCACAUUUUAUUCAAUGAUUUGUAGAGGAGCUUUUUAGCCUUAGUGUCAUCGCAUGGUGCUGCUAAUUCCUCAGUGAUGCUGCGUGGUCCAGACAUGGUGCUGCUAAUUCCUCAGUGAUGCUGCGUGGUCCAGACAUGCUGAAGAGCCGCUGCUUCGUCCUAUUUGGUGACCUGAAGGGGCUGUUACUCCGGCCCCCGUCUCCGGUAUCGGUAUUGAUCCCCAUGACCGGACACGUACCGGACAGCCAUGGGGUCCCUUCAGACGUCAGUGGACCGGACAACAGCACGUUAACGGGGGACAUACGGACUGCCCCGCCACCGGGGGGUGCCAGCGGGCCGGAGAGAGACAGACUGGUGGGGGGCUCAGGCUGGGUUGAUGCGGCAGAGCCAUCGGGGGUAUUACACUGCAGCAGCUCCUCUGAUAGCUGGGCUAAGGACAAGCUGGAUCAGAGGUUCUCCUUGUGCAGUUAUAGUGAGAGUGGCAGCCUCAGGACACCUGUCUGCAGGAUCUGCUUCCAGGGACCUGAAACGGGGGAGCUGCUGAGCCCAUGUCGCUGCAGUGGGUCGGUCCGCUGUAUCCACCAGCCCUGCCUCAUCAAGUGGAUCAGUCAGAGAGGAUCCUGGGCCUGUGAGCUCUGCUACUACAAGUACCAGGUCAUCAGCAUCAGCACCAGGAACCCGCUACAGUGGCAGUCCAUCUCCCUGGCGGUGAUAGAGAAGGUUCAGAUAGCUGCAGCGGUUCUGGGGUCUCUGUUCCUGGUGGCCAGUCUGUCCUGGCUGGUCUGGUCCUCCUUCAGCCCCUCGGCACGCUGGCAGAGACAUGACCUGCUUUUCCAGAUCUGCUACGGCAUGUACGGAUUCAUGGACAUCGUCUGCUUCGCUCUAAUCAUCCAUGAAGGACCUUCAGUGUUCCGUAUCUUUAACCGGUGGCAGGCUGUCAACCAGCAGUGGAAGGUUCUCAACUACGACAAGACCACUGACAGUGAGAACCUGAAGACAGCAGCCACAGUGCGGACUCUCUCUCAGCCUCAGUCUAGCCAGAGAAACCAGCCUGGGACAGGAUUAGGACCCUCCUCUGCCACCUCCCCUCUGGCUGCUGCCACCACAGCACCGGAUUUAGCUACAGCAUCACCAGCCACAGGGAUUGGGCUGGUCACACAGGGUUCCACUGAGCAGGCCAGGGGGACAGCUGGACCAGACCAACACUGUCCUGCCUACAAUAUCCUCCACCUUCUCAGCCACCUGAGGCAGCCAGAGGCCCACGGCUACCCCAGCCACAGCACCCGGGAGCUGGUCAUGAGAGUCACUACAGUCUGAGGCUCUGACUGAGGCCUUGUCAAGGAGAGAUUUGACAUUGAAAUGGAAGGCCUUGGUCUAAAAGGACCAACAAUGUUUAAAAUUCACCGUUGAUGACCUUAAAGACAGUGUGUGUGGGGGGGGGUCAUUCAAAAGAAUGAAACAUAAAAAACAU